GAAAGUGAAAACUUGUUUAUUUCACUGUCAGUUUUCAUCACGGAUUUAUAAAUCCUUACUGUUAGCGACGGAGGACCUUGUGGAAAAUCUGUCAAGUUGUCACAGUACUCUAGGCUACCGAGAGUUAAUGUGGGCGUGCGCUAGCGAGCCCGCUAGCUAUCUACAUCCACUCUAAGCCAGCUAAAUCUGAAAAUUUUUAACACUACGUCUUUUCGGGCGUUUUGCUAAAGGUCUUCGAGCACACCGGAACACAUUAUCAGGGGAAAAAUUGAUAAACCUAUUAAUGUUCCUCCUUAGUUCAGACGUCAAGAAACUGCUGACAGCCGGGGUGACUAGUACACCAGACCGUCCUCUCCUCCUACACUGGUAUUGUAAUGAACACGCUCCUGCUUAUCACCUGAUUCUGGAGGGGAUACUCAUACUGUGGAUCAUCAGACUUCUGUUCUCUAAGACCUACAAACUUCAUGAGACCUAUAAACUGACAGAGAAGGAAAAGGAAGACCUGAUUGAGGAGUGGCAGCCAGAGCCUCUUGUUCCUCCUGUAUCCAAAGACCAUCCCUCCCUCAGCUAUGAUGUUGUCACCGGACCUCCCAGCCACAAAAUCAUAAUCAAUGGAAAAGAGUGCAUUAACUUUGCAUCAUUUAACUUCCUCGGUCUCCUCGACAAUGAGCGGGUUAAGCAAAAGGCUUUGGCAUCACUGAAGAAAUAUGGUGUGGGCACGUGUGGUCCAAGAGGCUUCUAUGGAACCUUCGAUGUUCACCUGGAGCUGGAGAGUCGUCUUGCCAGAUUCAUGAAAACAGAAGAGGCCAUCAUCUACUCAUAUGGCUUUGCAACCAUUGCUAGUGCAAUCCCUGCCUACUCCAAGAGGGGGGACAUUAUCUUUGUGGAUGAAGCAGCCUGUUUCUCCAUCCAGAAGGGUCUUCAAGCGUCCCGCAGCUUUAUCAAAUACUUCAAACACAACGACAUGGAGGAUCUGGAGAGGCUGCUCAAGGAGCAGGAGCUGGAGGACCAGAGGAAUCCUCGUAAAGCUCGAGUGACCCGGAAGUUCAUUGUAGUCGAGGGGCUGUACAUCAACACUGCAGAUAUUUGUCCUCUCCCCAAACUGGUGGAGCUGAAGUACAAGUACAAGGUGCGAAUCUUUCUGGAAGAGAGCCUGUCUUUCGGUGUGUUGGGAGAGCAUGGCCGAGGAGUCACAGAACAUUUUGGGGUCAAUAUAGAUGACAUUGACCUGAUCAGUGCUAACAUGGAGAAUGCUGUGGCCUCCAUCGGAGGCUUCUGCUGCGGACGCUCCUUUGUCAUUGACCACCAGCGUCUGUCAGGUCAGGGCUACUGUUUCUCUGCGUCCCUGCCUCCCAUGUUGGCUGCUGCUGCCAUCGAGGCUCUCAACAUUAUGGAGGAGGAUCCAGAUAUUUUUGCUGUCCUGAGGCAAAAGUGCAAACAUGUUUACAAGGCUUUACAGGGAACUCCUGGUCUGAAGUUAGUAGGAGUACCAUUUGCCCCAGCUCUUCACUUACAGCUGGAGAGAAGUUCAGGCUCCAGAGACUCUGACAUGCAGCUGCUCCGCACCAUUGUAGAUUAUUGUUUGGAAGGACGUGUGGCUCUGACCCUCGCUCGCUACCUUGAUAAGGAGGAGCGCUUCCUCCCCCCACCAAGUAUCAGAGUGGUGGUCACCAUCGAACAGACAGAAGAGGACAUCCAGCAGGUUGUGUCUUGUAUCCAAGAGGCAGCUUUAGCCAUCCUCAAAUGACAGUGCAGUGUUUGUCACUGCUGAAAGUAAGCAGACAUCAUUGGAGCUUUACCAGGAGUCCACUGGACUGGGUAGGAAAUCAUUGUGAGGGGGACACUCCGGACAAGACGCUCUCAUCCAUGUUUUUACUGGAUACUUCGUUUGUCUCUUAAUGGUUUUUUUCCUUUGUUCUUGUUUAUCAUGUGUCGUCAUCAAACUACAUGUACUCCUUGUUUUAUAUUGUUAUGAAUGUAAAUGUGGUUCUUCAGCAGGACUGUCAGCACUUGUCUUUCUGCUGUGAAUAGUAAUGGUCAUUAGACAUCUAACUAAUAAAGGAAAACAACUACAGUGAGAACGAGACCUGAUCUUAACAGACCAAAUGAACUGUUACUUUUUAUGUACUGACCAAAGAGGAGACAGUUAGUGGAGGACUCAUCAUUUUAUUUAAUAUUCUGCAGUCUGUUAGUACAUGAACUGUGCACGAUGAUUGUGUCCUAACAUGCCAAUUGUUGUUUUACCUCAAAUAGACACUGAUAUUUACAACUGGAUUUUUUUUGUUCUUUGUUUUUCAACCGAUGUUAAUUUUCUUUUGUUAGAGGUAAUAGUAUUUCUGACCACUUUACCUUGAUGAAAUGUAAAUAUAUCUGAUUUGAAUUGAGUUAGUGUGUGUGUGAUUUGUGAUCAUGCUUCUGUCUUGGGUUGAAACCCACCACGAUUUUUUUUAGGUGGCAUUGCCACAAACAGAGUUCAAACAGAUACAAAUGUAGAAGCGGAAACGCCC